UCAGUUCCUGAUCAGCCGGGCUGUGGCUCGUACGUUGGUUUGCGUGCAGCCAGCAGCAACAGCCUGGUUGAUCAGGCUCUGAUCCACCAGGAGGCCUGGUCACAGACCGGGCCGCGGGGGCGUUGACCCCCGGAACUCUCUCCAGGUAAACUCCAGGUGGAGGGGUAAGCCAGUGGAAGGCCUCUGUCAGAUGACGAAAAGCUCCAGCUGCGGGUCAUCAUCUGUUUCUUGACGAACCUUACCUAACCUAACCUAAUUUCAAUAUUACUGAAGAGGAUAUACAAUAAGCUGAAGACCAAUAGAAUGCAUAGUAUCUCCAGCAAAACUUGGUCUAUAUUAUACCUGGGAAUUUUUGAGCUUGGAUAAUAUAUAUGUAGAAGUCACCAGCAAAUAUCAGUUCCCUGGAUCAAGAGCCCUCCAGUACAUCCUAGCAGUUCAGUCCUGCAGGUGUGGUCAACCCAGCUGGGUUUUUCUCUCCUCAUUUUAGCCACUUUGCGACGGUUUUGGGGGAGUCAUGUCUGCGGAGGUUGGGAUAGAAGAGUUAUUACAGGCCCACCGUGGCAUAGACACCAUACUUAGUACGUUUUACAGUGACAAGAGUGAGGAAGAUGACGGUGAGGUGCAGGUCGUUGAUGUGCUCACCUCACUCACUUCUAACUCCAUGGAGUCAUCUCAGCUAAUUAAUUCCUUCUUGGAGGAUGUCUCGGCAUUAACUGAGGUUCGUCGGGACCUUGCUGCCACAACUGAAAAAAUCAGUAUUGCUGCAUUAAAUGAGACAUCAUCUGCAUUGACAGAUCCAGAAGUAUUAGAGUGUUGCUCAUGUGAAACUUUGUCUCUGGAUGAUAGUAGCCGAAUGGCUUGGUGCCAAAAAGCAGAGCAGCAUAUGCGCAGUAUUAUAGAGAACAAAGACUUGCUUAUCUACCACUUACAACAACCUCUUGUUGCCAACUUCCUCACAAUGCAUUAUAAUUACCACAAACACCUCAUCAGUUUGAUUGGAGAGCUUGUUGACAUCUUGAAUAAUGUCUCUUCACACAUACGCCUUAUUCAGGAUCAUGCACAAAACUCUAUUCUCCAAAGAUCGGACAGCUGCAUCAGUAGUCUGACACAUACUGUAACUGACCUACGGGAUACAAUUAAUGACAUAACAGCACUACAGUCUCUAGUUACAGGAAUGCUGAAUACUAAGGAGUGAAUAAUCACACAAAACUUGUACUUCAGCAAGAUAUUAAAACUGGCUGGAGAGACAAGGCUACAAUUAACAGAUUGACAAUGAUGCCUCCACCCAUGCUGAAUGACCCUUACAGGUCUAGUGUUCAUGUAAUACUAUACAGUUAUUGUCUGUUUAUAAAAAAAAAAAAUUGGGAGUGACUUGCUUUUAUGUACUUUUUUUUUUAUCUCCUUACAGUGGUGCAUUCACUUUGACUUUUGUUGGGAAACUGUUCCUCUGAAAUCCAUUCAUUCUACUUAUGGCUUUCCAGCACUUCCAUUAAAUCAUUUUUUAUCAUGACUAUUUAUUUAAAAAUAUGAAAAGACAAUUUUCUAAUAUGCUGUACAAUUAGAAUUCUUUGUAUAUUUUGUUUAUUUGUACCUUGUAACACUUUCAUUCAGUACACAAAAUACCAGUCACGGUAUUGUGCUUUUUUUUUUUUAUUUUUUCAUUGUUUUAUUUCUGAAAUUGUCUUAGAUUAACAUAUUUUCCUUUUUCUGUAAUCUAAUUUUUUUUACCCUCAAGUUGCACCGUGUAACAAGCAUUAUCUCUGAAGAAUUUUUUUUUUUAGCACGUAUUAAGUUCAGUUGAGACACUAUUGUGUGGUUGCAUCAAGGAAAAAAAAAAAAGUUAUUAUAUUCAGAAAAUUGGUCAGCCAUUUGUUUUCUGUUUCAGAAUCACAGGCCAUCCAGUACUUCUUUAUUACUGAAAUUCUCAAUAACUCUUUCACAACAACUUUUCAGUAACUUCCCCUAGUUAGCAUUUUUUUUUUUUCAACAAACCGGCCACAUCCCACCGAGGCAGG